GGCUUACAGAGCAGACUCUGCUGACUGAUCUUUCCGCAGAGUGGUGAGACUACUAUAUAUACGAGUCUCAGAACUGCUCCUGGCUCCCCAGCUUCACCGUCUCAACGUCAUAUCACUCGCAUCUACAGCUUCAGCUAGUACAGCCCCUCGACAAACUUCAAUCAAUCAGUAUGACUGUCGCAGUUCUCGCUCCUCAUGACGUCCCCACCAGUCUGAACUAUUACACUCCUGACCCAACGUCCGACGAGACGCCCUACCAGUAUGUUUACGAUCCCCCAGCCGGGAAGAAGAGCAACAACAUCGGUGCAGAGCCACACGACGUCGUCAUUCGCGAUGCCCGCGGCAAGGAGAAAGAGUACGGCCUCUCUCUCGACACGUCCGGCUUCCAGUUCGUCGAUCACGUGAGCCAGGAGAAGGAGUUCGACGACGAGGAGAGGAUUCAGACCGCAUACUACAAGGAGGUAGAGGAGCUGCUAAAGAAGGAGGUUGGUGCGAAGAGGGUCUUUGUCUUCGACCACACCAUUCGUCGCAAGCCGGACCAUCCUAACCCAGAGGGCAAGCUCAUUCGUGGCCCAGUCGAGCGUGUUCACAUCGACCAGACUUUCGACGCCUCCGUCGCGCGUGUCCACCGCCACCUCGGCGAGGACGCUGAACGCCUCCUGAAGGGGCGCGUUCGCAUCAUCAACGUCUGGCGUCCCAUCCACCACCCAGUGGCGCACAAGCCGCUUGCAGUCUCGGACUGGCGCCACCUUGACACCGAACACGAUCUUGUCCCCAUCCGCUUCAUCUAUCCUGACCGAGUUGCAGGCACCUUCUCCGUCCGCUACAACCCGGACCACAAGUGGUACUAUCUCUCCAACCAGACUCCGGAAGAGGUCACCCUCAUCAAGUGCUACGACUCGGAGGAGAACCGGGCGCGUCUUACUCCGCACACCGCGUUCCUGGACAAGACUAGUCCGAAGGAUGCGCCCCACCGGGAGAGCAUUGAGAUUAGGUGCUUGGUGUUCGAUACCGAGUAGAGGCUAAGCACGAGCGAUUCACAACUUGGAUGUGCUCGGGUGUACUUCUAGCUUGUAUCCUGUUAACUGUGUGUUGCGUGGUACUGGAACAUUGAAUUUAAUCAGCAUGUUUGCAUCGAGACGG